AUGGACCAAAGAUAUAUAGAUAUCAUCCGAUACCAAAUAAAUAAUUGGCAAGAUGCUGACGUGCGUACUGUACCUGGUGUUAUGACUCAAAUACACUGUGGUCCAGACAAAGAUGACCCAAGCAUAGAAUACCAGAUAAACUGGUUUAUUGAUUGUAGUGAAACCUACAUUCACAAUCAUCGACAUUCAUUCGACACACAUUGUUUGGAAGGCGGAUAUUCCGAAAAAUUAUGGCAGAUUGUUGAUGAGGGUAGCGGUGCUUGUACUUAUCAAUUUUUACGGCAUUCAGGCAAUGUUUUCGAUUCUCCCAUAAAGCUUCCAGGCGCUCUUCAACAUGUUGGUUCCAGAAUACAUUUUCCAGGCAACAUACUGCAUGUUGGCAUUGAUCAAUAUCACGCCAUAUUGCCUAAUGCAAGUUCGGCAGAGAGAGUGCUCACAUUCUUGGUGAAACAUACACCUUCAAUACCAGUGGAAAUGUUUGUACUGAGUGACCAGCCUGUGAUUAACGCCCCCAAAAACGAAAUCCAGCCGGCAACAGAAGAAGACCGGCAAAGCCUCUAUGAUAAACUUGAUUCAUGGCUUGCGAAGCAUCAUUAUUAA